AGGCGCUCGACGAGCUCCCGAAGGACCUCGCCGACACUGAGCGCCGACAUGAGGAGGAGAAGCAGAAAUUGUCCGAACUGGUCAAGGAGCUGGAGGCGAGCCUGGAGGCGAUGCGCGAGGAGUACGAGCGCUGCGAGGAGUACUGCGCGGGCAAGCUGCGCGACGAACGCGCCGCCGCCGAGGCCGACGCGCGCGCCGGCGACGAGCGCCUGGCCGAGCUGCUGGCGCGCGUGGCCGACUACGAGCGCCACUUCGCGCCGCCGCCGCUGCCGCCCAUCGAGGAGCGCGCCGCGCUCGAGCAGCAGGUGGCGGACCUGGAGCGCGAGUUCGCGGCGCACCGCGAGCAGGCGGCGGCCGAGCUGGCGGCGCGCGACGCCGAGCUGCGCCGCCUGCGCGCGCGCCGCCCCGCCGCGCCCCGCCCCGCGCCCUCCGCGCCGUCCGCGCCCGCGCCAGGCGCGGGCGCGGGCGGCGCGUGCGCGUGCGGUCGGACGGCGGCGGGGGCGGGUGCGGGCGCGCGGGAGGCGGCGGCGCUGCGGGCGCGCGCGGGGCGGGCGGAGGCGGCGGUGCGGCGGCUGCACGCGCGGCUGCUGGCCGCGGACCUGCUGGUGAAGGUGAGCGGCGGCCGGGCGGCGGCGGGGGCGGGUGCGGGCGCGCGGGAGGCGGCGGCGCUGCGGGCGCGCGCGGGGCGGGCGGAGGCGGCGGUGCGGCGGCUGCACGCGCGGCUGCUGGCCGCGGACCUGCUGGUGAAGGUGAGCGGCGGCCGGGCGGCGGCGGGGGCGGGUGCGGGCGCGCGGGAGGCGGCGGCGCUGCGGGCGCGCGCGGGGCGGGCGGAGGCGGCGGUGCGGCGGCUGCACGCGCGGCUGCUGGCCGCGGACCUGCUGGUGAAGGUGAGCGGCGGCCGGGCGGCGGCGGGGGCGGGUGCGGGCGCGCGGGAGGCGGCGGCGCUGCGGGCGCGCGCGGGGCGGGCGGAGGCGGCGGUGCGGCGGCUGCACGCGCGGCUGCUGGCCGCGGACCUGCUGGUGAAGGUGAGCGGCGGCCGGGCGGCGGCGGGGGCGGGUGCGGGCGCGCGGGAGGCGGCGGCGCUGCGGGCGCGCGCGGGGCGGGCGGAGGCGGCGGUGCGGUGA